CAGCAAUAUUCCUCCGCCGCACCGCAAAGAGUCCCAGACUUCCUCCGGUUCCUGGGGUUCCCAGAGACCUUGUAAUAUCGAGAAAUUAUCAAAUUUGGAUCUUUCCAUCAACUUGGUUAGGAUUUUACCUGCGGUAAUGAGCUCAGGAUCAUAAUUUUGUGGCUGGUCGAAGAGCGACGAGAAAAUUCCUCCGCAAGAAACGGGUUCCGGCCUCGAGCCUAUAAAAAACGGGUGGCGCGGACUUGCUGUCUUUUCAGUCGGGCGCUGAGUGGUUUUCCGGAUCAUGUCUGGUGGCUCUGCGGAUUAUAACAGAGAACAUGGCGGCCCAGAGGGAAUGGACCCCGAUGGUGUCAUCGAGAGCAACUGGAAUGAGAUUGUUGAUAACUUUGAUGAUAUGAAUUUAAAAGAGUCUCUUCUUCGGGGCAUCUAUGCUUAUGGUUUUGAGAAGCCUUCAGCUAUUCAGCAGAGAGCUAUUAUUCCUUGUAUUAAAGGGUAUGAUGUGAUUGCUCAAGCUCAGUCAGGUACUGGCAAGACAGCCACAUUUGCUAUUUCCAUCCUGCAACAGUUGGAGAUUGAGUUCAAGGAGACCCAAGCACUAGUAUUGGCCCCCACCAGAGAACUGGCUCAACAGAUUCAAAAGGUAAUUCUGGCACUUGGAGACUAUAUGGGAGCAACUUGUCAUGCUUGUAUUGGUGGAACGAAUGUUCGAAAUGAAAUGCAAAAACUUCAGGCUGAAGCACCCCAUAUUGUAGUUGGUACACCGGGGAGAGUGUUUGAUAUGUUAAACAGAAGAUACCUUUCUCCAAAAUGGAUCAAAAUGUUCGUUUUGGAUGAAGCAGAUGAAAUGUUGAGCCGAGGGUUUAAGGAUCAAAUCUAUGAGAUUUUCCAAAAAUUAAAUACAAGUAUUCAGGUGGUGUUGCUUUCUGCCACAAUGCCAACUGAUGUGUUGGAAGUGACCAAAAAAUUCAUGAGAGAUCCAAUUCGCAUUCUGGUGAAAAAGGAAGAAUUGACCCUUGAAGGAAUCAAACAGUUUUAUAUUAAUGUUGAAAGAGAGGAAUGGAAGUUGGAUACACUUUGUGACUUGUAUGAGACACUGACCAUUACACAGGCUGUUAUAUUUCUCAAUACAAGGCGCAAGGUGGACUGGCUCACUGAGAAAAUGCACGCCAGAGACUUCACAGUAUCUGCUCUGCAUGGUGACAUGGACCAGAAGGAAAGAGAUGUUAUCAUGAGGGAAUUCCGAUCAGGGUCAAGCCGUGUUCUAAUCACUACUGACUUGUUGGCUCGUGGGAUUGAUGUGCAACAAGUGUCUUUGGUUAUAAACUAUGAUCUACCUACCAAUCGUGAAAACUAUAUUCACAGAAUUGGCAGAGGGGGUCGAUUUGGGAGGAAAGGUGUGGCUAUAAACUUUGUUACUGAAGAAGACAAGAGGAUUCUUCGUGACAUUGAGACUUUCUACAAUACUACAGUGGAGGAAAUGCCCAUGAAUGUGGCUGACCUUAUUUAAUUCCUGGGAUGAGAUAGUUUUGAAUGCAGUGCUCGCUGUUGCUGAAUAGGCGAUCACAACGUGCAUUGUGCUUCUUUGGGAAUAUUUGAAUCUUGUCUCAAUGCUCAUAACGGAUCAGAAAUACAGAUUUUGAUAGCAAAGCGACAUUAGUCGUGAGCUCUUGUGAGGAAAGUCAUUGGCUUUAUCCUCUUUAGAGUUAGACUGUUGGGGUGGGUAUAAAAGAUGGGGUCUGUAAAAUCUUUCUUUCUUAGAAAUUUAUUUCCUAGUUCUGUAGAAAUGGUUGUAUUAGAUGUUCUCUAUCAUUUAAUAAUAUACUUGUGGACUAAACGAUAUAAGUGCUGUAUAAAAUCAGCCAAUUAUGUUAAACUAGCAUAUCUGCCUUUAUUGUGUUUGUCAUUAGCCUGAAUAGAAAGGCCUUUAAAAUUGAUUUUUUUAGAAAGCAUUUGAAUGCGUUUUGUUUGGUAUUGUAUUUAUUCAAUAAAGUAUUUAAUUAGUGCUAAGUGUGAACUGGACCCUGUUGCUAAGCCCCAGCAAGCAAUCAUAUCCUAGGUAGGGUUAAAUCCCCAGUAAAAUUGCCAUAUUGCACAUGUCUUAAUGAAGUUUGAAUGUUAAAUAAAUUGUAUAUUCACUUUAAA